GCUCCCCGACGGCGGGCAGGAGGCGGAGCGGGCGGGCGGAGCUCGGUUCCCUCCCGCCCCACAGCCGCCUUUGGGGCCGCGGGGGCGAGCAGGGAUGGAGGCCACCACGGGGAGCAGGCGGCCGGUCCCCUCCGCCGCCACCUCGGCGGCGUUGAGGCUAGCGCUGGCCGUGCCGGGUUUGCCCGACGGUCCUUUCGGUUGCCCCAUCUGCUUGGAUAUCCUGAAGGAUCCGGUGACGGUGCCGUGCGGGCACAAUUUCUGCCAGGGUUGCCUGGGGAAGCUCCGGGGGAGGACGGGCUCCCCCCCCGUCGGCGGCGGCGGCGGGGCGGCGGCGGGCGGGGCGGCGGCUGCUCGCUGCCCGCUGUGCCAGGAGCCCUUCCCGGCGGCUCUGCGGCUCCGCAAGAACCGAGCCCUGUGCGAGGUCCUCCCGCUGCUGGGGGCGGCUGCCGGACCCGCGACCACCCCCGUCGAGGCCGACCCGAGCCCUCCCGGAGCCGGCUCCCCCCCUCUCACCUCCCCCAGCCCGCUGAUGGCGCCGGGAGCCGAAAAAGAGCAGCCGGAGAGGGGAGAGAAGAAAGAGGAGAAAAAAGAGGAAGAGGAGGACGAGGAGGAAGGGGAGCAGGGGGUUUUGUGCGACGUAUGCCCCGAGGGGGCUCGGGCGGCGGCGGCUAGGUCGUGCCUGGUGUGCCUGGCGUCCUUCUGCGGGGAGCACCUGGAGCCCCACCGGCGAGCCCCCGCUUUCCGAUCCCAUCGCCUGGUCGCUCCCCUCCGGCGGCUGGAAGAAGGGCUGUGCCCCCGCCACCUGCAGCCCUUCGACGGCUUCUGCCGAGCCGAGCAAACGUGCGUGUGCCCCCACUGCCGCACCCACGAGCACCGAGCCCACGACGUGGUGCCCCUCGAGCAGGAGCGGGAGCUCAAGAAGGCCCAGCAAGCCAAAUUCCUCAGCAAUGUGGAGAACGAGCUGGAGGAGCUGGCCGUCACCGUCACGCAGACCAAGAAGAUGGUGGAGCUCAUUAAGGGUGUCGCCACAAAGGAGAAGGAGCGGGUCGAGAAGCUCUUUGCAGAAGCCUCCGAGGUCCUGGCAACCUUCCAGAAGGAGGUGGCCGGCUUCAUCGAGGACGGGGAGCGCUCCAUGCUGCGGGACGCCGAGCUUGAUCUCCGCUGGAAGGAGGAGAGGCGAGCCAAGCUGGCCCAGUGCAAGCAAAACCUGCAGAACGUCCCCAGCAAGGACACCAUCUACUUCCUCCAGGAGUUUCAAGCCUUAAAAAUAGCCAUGGAAGACAACCUCUCCCCAGCUUCGAGCUUCCAGAACGAGCUCAACUUCACCAAGUGCACCCAGGCCGUGUGCGCCGUGAAGGACAUGCUGUCGGCCGUCUGCAAAAAACAGUGGGACCGCUUGCAGGGGAAAGGCGUCGACGGGCUGAAUUUCCAGGAGAUGGAGGAAGUGACCAAGUCACGGCUUCCAGACAAGCCGAACAAUCCCGCCUGCCUGGAGAGCCGUGAUUACUUCCUGAAAUUUGCCUUCAUCGUUGACCUGGACAGUGACACGGCCGACAAGUUCAUCCAGCUAUUCGGCACCAAAGGAGCCAAGCGGGUGCUUUGCCCCAUCCCCUACCCGGAGAGCCAGAUCCGCUUCAUCAACUGCGAGCAAGUGCUGGGCAUGAACCUCAUGAACCGGGGCAACUACUACUGGGAGGUGGAGCUCAUCGACGGCUUGGUGAGCAUCGGUGUCGUCACCGAGGACUUCAACCCCCAGGAAGCCUACAGCUGCUGCCGCCUGGGGCGCAACUGGAAGUCCUGCUGCCUGCAGUGGAAUGGACAGAACUACGUGGCCUGGUUUGGGGGCUCUGAGUCUGUCAUCCAGCAGCCGUUUUUCCACACGAUCGGGGUCUUCUUGGAGUAUUCAGAAAAGACCCUGACCUUCUAUGGAGUCAAGGACUCCAAGAUGACGUGCCUGCAGCAGCUCAAGGCCUCGCCUUCUGGGGAGUUAGACCCCUUCCAGAACACGAUCAACCAGCACUUCGCCUCUCUCUUCUGGUUCAAGCUGAAACCGGCCUUCUUCCUGGAGAGUGUCGAUGCCCACCUGCAGAUCAGGCCACUGAAGAAAGAUUGCGUUUCGGUGCUCAAGCGCCGGUAACUUCCCCGAGGGAAAGAAAGGCCCAGGAGGGUCUCUCCUACAGCAGGCUGCCACCAUCACUUCCUUCUUUGUGUGUCCAGGGUCGCGAUGGUCCUCUCUUGGCGCAACACCUCGCUCAGAAGUGCCACUACAUCACAGAAUCAAGCCACCUAGGUUGGGAAACACCUUCGAGAUCUCCAGGUGGAACCAUCACCCUGACCGACCGAGUCCCAUCACCAGGCCAUGUUGGGGUGCCGGGCUGCCCGUUCCCUCUCCUCCCCACCUGCUCCCGCUGCCCGGCAUCUCAUGUGGGUCCCUGCUUUGUGCCUUGUGUGUCACCACCACUUUUCAUAGCAUGGGCUCAGCACUGCCCGCAUGCUGCUUUCUGAAGUGCCUUUGCAGCAGCAAGCCCGACGUGGAUGGGGCAAACCCCAAAGCCUCUCCCUGUGGGGCUCGACACCGAUUAGUGCCACUAAUGAGAAGCGAAAACCUCUGCCUUCCCCCGUGUUUGGGAUGCUGUGGAAAAGCCACGGUCCUGCAUGUGCUGGAGCCCUGGGCUGUUCCCUGCCACGGCCAAACAUCCCGGCUGGGAAAGGGGAGAAAUGCCAGCACAGUUCCUGCCUUGAGAAACAAAGGGAGCAGCCCACAUCAGUUUUGAGGAUGUGCUUCCAGUAAAUGCUGGGGAACUGCUUUCAGAAGCCUUACAGUCAAAAUACCCCUCCCUUUUUUGAUGACCCUGCUAUUUUAGGGGAUUUUAACACUGUUGAACUCCCAAUUCUUCAAGUACCCUGGGCACACUUGAGCUGUAAAUGUACCCCAUAACUUAGAGAGCUUUUCAAGUGACAAAGAGGUGCUCUGAGUAUUCCCAGGGGCAAAUGGUGUAUCUUAGGGAGAGCUGUGCAUCAACAAAAGGUAAAGUCAGUUAUUAAGUGACACUUUAAACUCUGGGAAUAAGUAACAAUUAACAAAAACUACUCUCAAGCCAGUGUCCCUUGUGGGAAAGGUGGAAACUUCAGGCUGAGAGGCAAAAUGCCCAUUCGUGUGUCCUAAAGGAGCUUUUCCAGCUCUGCCCUGAAGACAUUACAGAGGCGGCACAGUGUGGCUCCUGUCUCAGCCCGCCCUGCCUUCCUCCAAGUUUAUUUUUUCUGGGAUUAGUUGGCUACCUACCUCCUGAAGCUUGCUUUACAGAAUCAUAACGCUGUGUAAUAUAUACCUAGUGAGAAAAUAUAUUGGGCCAGAUUCUUUGCUGGCGUGAAUGAGUCAGUGAUGACGCACCAAGAGUCAACAGGGAUGGAAAAUGUCCCACUUAGCUAAAUAUACAAUAUAUAUCUUUAUGUAUUCCCCAAAGGAUAAGCUGGAAAUGAUAGUGGUAUAUUCAAAGGGAGACAGGGAAAAAAGUGAACAUGGGGGAAAAAAAGGCAGCCACAAAGCCAAGAGGUUUAAAGUUCUAGCCACGUUUACCUAACCAGUGAGGCUUGAAGAGCUCCUUUACCUGUGCUGCCAGCUCCCGUUGGCAUGGGCAGAGGUCCCAGCAAACAGCCACUGCUGUCAGCUCUCAAAUGUGGGGCUGAGGGCUCUGAAUGCAGCAUCCCCAUCCCCAGGGCAGGGCUGGAGCACUGGUGCACAGAGGGGACUGCUGGGAUGUGCCCGAAACUGCUCCUUCUCAGCUCCUCCUGAAAUGCUGCAAGCGGUGGGAUGCAGGGUGUAGGUCUUCCCGUGAAUGAAGGGAAUUUCCCCGAUGUCCCCUUCUCAGGACGAAAUCGUCACGGCCAGCGGGAAUGCUGCCCGGAUGCGAAUUCACUCCCCACGUCCUGAGCUCCUACCUCGAAAAUGUUUUGUUGCGCUCGCGCCAGUUUCCCUCCUGCAAAACAGCCUUUGCACGAGGUGUCAGCAGUGACACUGCGCAGGCAUCGGCGCUGUUUUGUUAGCAGCGGAGAGCAUUUAGUAUCAGAAAUGCCUUGCCAGAUAAGAAGGCUGGAGACGUGCGGCAGCCCGUGCUUGGUGAUGUGCUGGGAGGAAGAGGAAGGCAACCUUGAUCUGUGCUGCACGCCUGCGGGAAGAGAUCUCGCAUAUGGGCUGGUGUCUUGGCUUAGUCUGGGCCCCAAAUGUCAUUUAUUCAGGCAAAACUCCCACCGUUUGCAGUGAGGAGUUUUGCCAGAAUAAAUACAGUGGAUCUGGGCCUUUGCCCCAUUUUGUUUGGCCGUGGGCGGGUUGAUGGCUCCCUGGGGGAACAGCGCGCUUGAUCCAUGAUCCCUCCCUUCCCUGUGUUGCCCAACGCUAAGACGCGAGCCUCUGCUCCUUGAGGGUUUGAGAUGGCUUGCAGGGAUCCAACACUUUUCCUGUUCCAUCCCUGCGGCUGCAGGAGGACGCAUCAGGAGCCUGGGCUCUGCUGCUGAUGCCACUGCUGUCUGUGGCAGGGGCGACUCACUCGAUUCCUGUCUGUCCCCGUAGCUGGGGUGCUGAUGUGCAGCUUUCCAGAGGGUUUGGAGAGCUCCUGUAGAUGCAGUGUGUUUGGAAAGUGUUAUCAAACCCUCUCCUUCCUGCUGCUGUUUUUUAUCCUGGUUGGAAGUGCUAUAAAUCCUGGUGGUUUAGGGCAUAAAGCAAAUUCUGACCGAUUUAAGACAGGGGCAAUCCCUCCAGGGUGUUGGACCAGAGCUUGCUCUGUGAUGCCAAUAAUUUGGGGUGUAAACUGGAAUGAUUAGGAAAUGUGCACUAUACCAGCCUUGGAUAUUUUUUUUUUCUGUAAAUGAAAGGAUAAACACAGCAUGUGGUGAGUUUAGAUAGAUAGCACUUUGCAAUUUAAACAGCCUUUCCGUGCUCCCUUGAGUUAUUUUUGCUGUCACAGUGUUCCUCUUUUUAAUUAGGAUUUUUAAAUAUACAUUUACUGUAGAGUCUUUUACAGUGUGUGAAGAAACUGUAUCAGAAUAAUAUAAUGUUGGUGGAGACUAUGAUUUGCCAUUAAAUGUUACACAAACAUA